GGGGGCCGCCUCGCCCGCCGCCGCCAUGGACGCCAUCAAGAAGAAGAUGCAGAUGCUGAAGCUGGACAAGGAGAACGCGCUGGACCGCGCCGAGCAGGCCGAGGCCGACAAGAAGGCGGCCGAGGAGCGCAGCAAGCAGCUGGAGGACGAGCUGGUGGCUCUGCAAAAGAAGCUGAAGGGCACUGAGGAUGAGCUGGACAAAUACUCCGAGUCCCUUAAAGAUGCCCAGGAAAAGUUGGAACUGGCUGACAAAAAGGCCACAGAUGCUGAAAGCGAAGUAGCUUCCCUGAACAGGCGCAUCCAGCUGGUUGAGGAAGAGUUGGAUCGGGCUCAGGAGCGCCUGGCUACUGCCCUGCAGAAGCUGGAGGAGGCUGAGAAGGCUGCGGACGAGAGUGAAAGAGGAAUGAAGGUCAUUGAAAAUAGAGCCCAGAAGGAUGAAGAGAAAAUGGAAAUCCAAGAGAUCCAGCUUAAAGAAGCUAAGCACAUUGCUGAAGAGGCUGACCGCAAGUAUGAAGAGGUGGCUCGUAAGCUUGUGAUCAUUGAGAGCGACCUGGAGCGGGCCGAGGAGCGUGCGGAGCUCUCGGAAAGCAAAUGUUCUGAGCUUGAAGAGGAGUUGAAAACUGUGACCAACAACCUGAAGUCGCUGGAGGCUCAGGCUGAGAAGUACUCGCAGAAAGAAGACAAAUAUGAAGAGGAGAUUAAAGUCUUGACUGACAAACUGAAGGAGGCUGAGACCCGUGCUGAGUUUGCUGAGAGGUCAGUAACCAAGCUGGAGAAGAGCAUUGAUGACCUAGAAGAGAAAGUGGCGCAUGCCAAAGAAGAAAACCUUAGUAUGCAUCAGAUGCUGGAUCAAACUUUACUGGAGUUAAACAACAUGUGAAAACCUUCUUAGCAGCAACCACAUUAUUUGUGUUAUUAUUAUUUUUUUUACACCUGCUUGCCGUGAAACCCCAUAAACAUGUCUUUAUUUUAGUUUCACCACAGUCACAAGAACAUCUGCUAAAUUGUCAGGCAGGGGUCAGGGAAACACCCAAAUGGGCAAGCCAUAUGCGGGUUAAGCUAUGAUAUUAUGGUUUCUAUGUGCCAUUUCCCAACAAAAUGUUACCUACACUUUGUAGAGAGUUCAGCAAUAUGCUUAGAUUUGAGGAACCCUGGCUGUGGCAGAAAGUGUCCCACCUCAAGUGCCAACUACAAUUUUUAUCAAGAAGAUUGACUCACAUUCAAGAAAGAUAAGGUGGAAAUGGUGCUAUUCUAAACACUGAGGUCUUUUGUUUGCUCUCAGACAAGUCAGGAGUUUGACCAGCACAGUAACUUAUUUUAUUGGCGUUUUAUUGAUCUGUGAGGAUUUGGACUCUCUGUGCCUUCUAAUUCAAUAAAACGAAGGUUAUGUAAAAAACAAAACCAAGCGCUUCUGGAGGUUUUAAACUGUGUGCUUGCAACUCAUUACACAAGUGUAGGCCAGCAUUUCACCUUGAGUAUUUGUUCAGUUGUAUUUUUCAUGUUGAAAUGAAAGAUUCAAUAAAUUCAAGACAAAAACAAAAUUGGUAGAGAUUGUUUAAAAUGUAUUUUAUUUGUGGGGAGUCUGGGGGAGGGGGAGGAAUUUAUAAAUCGAUAAUCACCUCACUUUAUUUUUCACACUUUCUUUUGAGCAGUUUCAGAAGUAUGCCUGUAUGUAUACAUUGUAUAAUUAUAUGGAAUAAAAUGCACCUUUUAGGACAUUUUUUAAA